AUGCGGUUCUCUCGUGCUGCCCUGUUGGCAGCUGCUGGAACCUUGACAUCAGCUACCACAUUCAAGAAUGGCACAUACGACUACAUUGUUGUCGGCGGUGGUCCCGCCGGUAUCAUCACCGCUGAGCGCUUUAUCGAAGCCGGCAAGAGCGUCCUCCUCCUCGAGCAAGGCACCGGCCCAACCGUCGCAACUGGCGCCAACGAAACCCUCUCCUGGAACGACAACCUGACCGACAUCGAUCUCCCCGGUCUGUCCGCCGACGUGGGUGCUCUCCCCGCGUGGGACGAAUACCUCUGCACUGAUACCGUUGGAUAUGCUGCCUGUGUGCUCGGUGGUGGUGUGACAAUCAACUACAUGGUCUUCGUGCACCCGCCAGAGCACGACUUUGACGACAACAACAACUGGCCCGAAGGCUGGAAGUGGAAGGAUCUCAAGCCUGCUGCUGAGAGACUGUACAGACGCAACCCCGGUACCAUCAUGCCCUCUGCUGAUGGCAAAUACUACGACCAGGGCCUUUACACCAUUCUCUCCAACUUCCUGAGCAAGCUUGGCUGGAAGUCCGUCGACAUGAUCACUCAGCCCAACGAGAAGCACCAGGUCUACAGCCACCCCGCAUGGAACAUCAAGGACCAGGUCCGUGCUGGCCCCGUUCGCACCUACCUGCCCUUGGCUCAGAGAAGCCGCAAGUUCACCCUGAGCCUGGAUACCAAGGUUAUUCGUGUCGUGCGUGACGGAAGCCAGGUCACCGGUGUCGAGCUGCAGACUGCAUCCGGCAAGACUGAGAUCGUCAACAUCGCCCCCGGCGGUCGUGUCGUUCUGGCCAGUGGUGCCCUCGGCACUCCCCGUCUCCUGUUCAACUCUGGUAUUGGUCCCGCCCGCCAGAUCGAGAUGGCCAAGAAGGCUGGUAUCGCCGUCCCCCCGCAGGAGGAUUGGAUCAACCUGCCCGUCGGUGUCGGUCUCAAGGACCACCCCAUCUUCACCAUCCUCGCUAACACCGAUGGCGACUUCGGUAUUGUCGACUACGCUAGCGUCCUGAACGGCAGUGACAGCAAGGAUAUCAGCCUCUACGGAAAGCGUGAGGGUGUCUUGACUCAGGGCAAGCACCGUUUGACUUUCUUCUCUUCCAACGAGGUCAACGGUACCACUCGCUACUACCAGGGCUCCUGCGCUCCGGAAGCUGACUCCGUCCUGGAUAUCACUACCUACAUGACUCACGGUCUCACCUCGUCGGGUGUUUUGGGUAUUGAUGAGAACCAGAAGACUGUCUUUGAGAAGUCUCCUUACAUGAACACUGCUGGUGACAAGCUGGCUGCUACUUCCUUCAUCCAGUCACUCGUCGAUGACUUCAACAAGCCUAACUCGGGUUUCGAGCUGGAGACUUACACUAAUGCUUCUUCCAUUAUUGCUACCUUGUCCCCUGGUAUGCACUACACUACCACUGCCAAGCUUGGUAACGAUGAUGGCCGCAAGAACGGUACCUCCGUUGUUGAUAUCAACACCAAGGUGUAUGGCAUGGAUAACCUGUACGUUGUCGAUGGCAGUAUCCACCCUGACCUCCCCACUGGUAACAUCCAGGCCACCAUCAUGAUCAUUGCGGAGGCUGCCGCUGCUCGCAUUCUUGCUCAGUCUUGCUCAGCAUGA